AUGCAUGUAAAAAAGAUAAAAAAAUAUAUAGCUACGUCCGGUGAAAGGACUCAGAGGUCCGUCCGGGUCGGCUCGCUGCGACCGGCGCCGCGGCGCACAGAUAUGGAUUUAAGAUUAACGAGGGCACGCAGCGCAGCGGGGCGCGGGCGGCGCGGGGCGGGCGGCGUGUUUACGUGCGGGUGCAGGGCGUGCAGGCGGCGCGGAUCGAUGCUGGGCGGGGCGGGGCGGGGCGGCGCGCGGGGCGCGGGGCGGGGCGCGCCGGCCGCCAUGUCUCCGCGGGCUCCCGGCGGCGGCGGCGAGCCUCGCGCCGCCCGCCUCGAUGCCGCGCGCGGCCACAGCGCUCCCCCGUCCCGCGCCUCCCUCGAACCGCCCCGGCGCCGUGCGCGCAGCGCCGCGCCCGCGCUGUCGCCCUCCUCCCCGCUCCCGCGACUGCGACCUGUGUUCCUCUGGGCGCGCCAGCUCGAAGGCACCGUGCAGGAGGUCCGUUGCGAGGACUACGACGCGCGGAAUCGUAUUCGUAUAGCGCGCACCCCAUCCGGCUGGCGUGUCAUCCCGCGCACCGAGAUCUACAACUCGAUUCGCGUGCCCCCGCCCCCGGCACCCGCUCGCCGUCGUCCGCGCGACCGUCGCCGGCGCAGACGCUGCAACCGCUCACGCCGCGCCCGCUCUGCCGCGUCUCCCGCGGUUGCUCCUGAGCGCCCUACGCCAUCAGCUCCGGCUCUACCCCCUGUGUGGCUGCAGCCCGACCUGGAGUCCCAUAUACCAUCGCACACCAUCGCGGUACCGCGGCCUCUGCAGCCGUCGGAACCGACGCCGCUCGACAACCUUCUCGCGGUAGCAGAACUGGAGUUCAAUCAGCAACGCGGUGAACGUCUUCUAGAUCUGGAGAGUCCAGCUUCCUAUCCCUUCUUACCAGCGGAAGAAGUUGCUCGCGACGUUAUGUCGUUCGAACUUGGUGAUACAAAACAGGCCGAGGAGUCUAUGUACUUCGAACGGAAAGCGCCACCCGAUCGCCCUGAGGAGUACACAGGUGAGAUGGGAUCGCACAAGGAUCUCUUUGAGACUAUAAGUGAAGCACAUUACCUUCCGGAACUAGGAGGACCCCAUGACGAAGCGUUACUAGAGUCCUUAGUGGAAAAGGGCUGCGAAGAUAAUCAAAUAUUGGGCCAAGCGCUUGACAAACUCGCGCACCUGGUUCAUGGAUCUGGCGAGUAUACGGAAGAAGACGAGCAUAUGCUCUUAAGUAAUGAACCUGUCUCUGACAUCAUAAAUCGACUUGAACAAACACUCGAAUCGCCAGGGCAAAGCAGUAUUACGGCUGCACAAGGUCUGCUACAUUUACAUCACAUAGGAGAUCAUCUUACUCAAGCAGACCACGGGCAAGAUGUGGAGCAGACCUACAUGUCUGAUGAAGUAUUUGUGCCACAGGAUACACAGCAAUGUGCUAUGGAAACUUUGACGGCGGCUACUGGAUUACAAGAAGUAAAUGAAAUUAAUCACGUGGAGUAUGAAGAAAAUGUCGAAAAGAGGCUAGAGAAUGAUGUUGGUGUUUCUGAUGAACUGUAUACGGAACCAGUAUCUGAUUCAAUUGAGCAUUUUACUCCAAGUAAGGCGUUCAUUGAGUCACAAGCCCAGCUGCCUGAUCAGAGUGAAAUCAAUACAUUGACUGAAAGACCUAAUGAAGACUCGUCAUUAAAUGUUUGCGCACAAAAUUGUGAAAAUAUUGACGAUAAAACAGAAGAUGCGCUUAAUGAUAACAUAAAGGAGGAAGAAGUUGAUCAAGAAAUGCCAGAGCCUAUGCAAAACAGUCAUGAUGAGUUUAUUAAAGAUCCCGAUGAAUUAAUAGCUAAUGAAGAACUAAUUCCAACUGAUUUGAGUAUAAAGAAUGUCGAAAAUCCUCCUAUAGUGCAUGCGAAUGACAUUGAUACAUCUAACCUUGAAGAUAAUUCAUCUGAUAGAAGCGACGAGCAACCUAGAGACUUAACAGUUCAUAGACGUCAACCUACACCUCAUGCGUCGCCGAGAAGGACUGACGUGCCGCGAGCACCAUCACGAGAGUCGGAUGCAAUGCAAUCUCCACAACCUAGUGGAAUUCCUGCUGUACCAUCAUCGCCUGAAAUAUUCACUAUGCCGUUAACAAAAAGUAAACAAACCCUCUUUUUGGAGACUUUACUUUCUUCACCUUCUCCGAAAAUGUAUACAUCUGAAGUAACAAUAACUAAACAGCAAUGUGAACCGUUAAAUUUGGGCAAACAUAGAAAAUCAGCAAGUCCAACUGUGUCUAGUUGUUCCGAUGAAAUCAGGAAAUUAAACAAAGAAUUUGGUGAACCUCAAGAGAAGAGACUACGACGUGAAUCAACGGAGGAAUUAGCAAAAAUAAGUAAAGUUUUUAAUAAGUAUAGUGAAGAACAGUUAUCGAAAAAAUCAGACAAACAUGUCAGUAAACCUUGUGAGGAAAUGAAUCCUGUAAAACAAUUUCAUAUUUUAAAAUCAAAUCCAGACUUUAACAUUCCAGAUCCAUUAUUAAUUCCUAAGGACAAAAUAAAAGAAAUCUUAGCUAACCCCGGUACUAAAAUACCGGCCUUACUUAUACAAAGGCCCGAACUCAGACUUCCAGAAGCUUUUGCGUUUCCAGCUAUAUUACAAGAUCCAGAUAUUAUUCUGAUAUCCUUGGCGCAGCUCGAAAGAAUCUUAAUAGACGAGGAGCUACAGCAACCGUUUUUGACGCCACCGCCAAGUUCUUCAAAUCAAAAAGAAAAAGAAACAAAGCCUUCCUCGUCUUCUAAGCCGACAAACUCCACAAGCAAAGAGCAAGCAAAUACCUCACAUCCUGAUCAAACUAGUCAGCCUAAGCCAAUUCCUUCAAUGGACGCUCUAGCCGGGGAUAUUGACGCAGCUACGUCAGCAGCUUUGAAUCAAAUGCUAUGGUUACCAUACCUAAAUCAGUUGGAAGCGAUGGCCGCUUGUUCACAAAAUAUGGACUUCUUAAAAGCUUUAAAUUCGUCAGGUUAUUCAGGCCAAAAUUAUCCUGAUCUCUCUCAAAUGUUCAAUCCUUCUUCUCGUUUUAUGGGCCCUGGAGGAUUUCCUAUGAUGCAGCCGAUGGAUUACGAUACUAGAUUACAGUUUGCAAUGUGGCAAGAAGCCAUGUCGCAUGCGAAUGCUUCUUCGUCGUCACAGCGAUCUAAAUCAGUCUCGGAGCAAAUGAAAGAGCUCUCUAAAUCAAGCGACGUCCAAAACCCUUAUGUACAUUCCACGAAAAACCAUCAGAACAAGCCUCAUUCCGCAGCAAGAACAAGUCCGAUCACCCACAACUACAACAAUCAGCGGCCGAUGUCGCACAAUCCGUUCUUACAGGGCAUGUAUCCCGGGAUGAACACAAAUAUGAGGCCAAAUAUGCCGUUACCUGGUUUACAAAUACCUUAUUUCAACCCGCAAAUGAUGGGCAAUCAGCGAUCGCCACGAACUCCUCAACAAAAGAGCCCCAGCUCGCCGUACUAUCAAAAUAACAACUAUCUACAAUCUGUGAAGCAGUCUGAAAAUCAUCAAAGGACGCAAGAAUCUCCGAGACCGAGGAUAAGUGUGAAAUCUUUGCACAACUUGCUCGAGCCAUCUGCUGCGGCUGCUUCGGGGGUGUCUUCGAGGCGUACUUCAUCGACUCCGACUUCAGCUAUGGGAAGAAGACGAGAAGAACCGGAGGUCGGGAGUACCACGCCGUUGGGGGAGCCCACACCUCACAUGCCUCCACACCCUCACGACCCAUCAUCAUUCCAUUUAUGGCAUCCAUUAUUUGGCAAG